AUGGCCACAAUCACAGAUCCUGGGGUCUCUCCGACCAAGGGAAACCAUAUCCAAACCACUGCUGUUGAUGUUCGAGAUUCAGAUCAGGAGGAUCAUGUGGGGAAACAUCCGCAGCACCUCCUCGGGAUAAAACUACCCCGUUACUUCGACAAGGACGAAGAUAGGACACUGGUCCGGAAACUCGACCUCUUCCUUUUCAACGCCUACGUGUCUGGCAUGAAGGAAGAUCUAUCCCUUAUUGGAAAUGAACUGAACUACUUCUCGACAACUUUCAAUUGUGGCAUUAUUGCUGGAGCAGUCCCUCUCAUGUUGCUUUCGACACACGUCAGACCGUCCAUCAUCUUGCCAACCUGUGAGCUCGCCUGGACAUUUCUCGUCAUGGGAAUUGCCGGUGCCAAAACGGCCGGCGCGGUGUACGGCCUACGCUUCGCCAUUGGCUUUUUUCAAGGAAUCGCGUUCCCCGGUUUUGCUGCGCUUCUUGGCUCAUGGUACACCCCCUCUGAGCUGGGUAAGAGGAUGGCCAUGUACGAAGUGUCGGCGAGAGUGGCGGGUAUGUUUUCGGGUUAUAUUCAAGCCGGCCUUUACGAAAAUAUGAACGGGAAAGGCAUGGCUAGUUGGAGGCAAGGCUAUAAAGAAUCCUACAUGAUCCAAGAAGUCACACUGGCCAUUGAUAGGAUGGAACGCGUCGGUCGCCAGCCUGUCCAGAAAAUUACCUGGGCCCGUUUCAAGAGCAUCUGGACAACUUGGCAUGUCUACCUCUUCGUCAUCUGCUACUUGUACGUUUACUCUAUGUUGAAGCCGACAACAAAUCACUCAUUUAUCCCUAGUCUAUACGGAGCUUUCUCUUGGGGAGAUGGCUACUUCAAUCUGUGGCUCCAAUCUCUUGGCAAGUACACUGUGCCUCAGCUCAACAAUAUCCCGACAGCUGGACAGGGAGCUGCUCUCAUCAACUCGAUCAUUAGUGGAAUCAUUUCCGAUUGGUUGCAAAACCGUCCAGUAGUCAUUGUUGCAAAUAUGCUACUAUGUCUAGCUGGAAAUGCUUUCGUGGCAGUAUGGGAAGCCCCAGAGGGCCUGAAGUUUGCUGGGUACAUCUUCAUCACCGCAGGCCUUCCCGCUCAGUCCAUCACCAUUGCCUGGUUGAAUGAGGUCUGCCAGGGUAACGGCGCACUCCGUGGGCUUAUCGUGUCAAUUGGAAACACCAUGGUCUACGCAAUUAAUGCCUGGGCUCUUGUCCUGCUUUUCCCGGCUAUCGACGCACCCCAUUACGAUUACGGAUACCAAGUCUGCGCAGGAAUGAUUGGACUCGCUAUUGUCACUGUUGGCGUGAUCCUGUUCCAAAUCAGGAGAGACUUGAAUAAUGGCAAGGCCAUACGCAACGACGAAGGCCUUUUGGAGUUCAAAGCAUGGACCGCCGAGAACCACGAUAAUCAAGAGCAGGAGGCACCUAACCCUAGUCAUGCCUGA